AAUCUUAAAAACGAAACUCAGGAUAAUUAUUAACGUAGCUGGGGAAGUAUAUGUACGGUAUACGUGGUCAGUAAAUGUGCAUAGAUGCUGUAGACGAUUCGAUUUGACACAAUUAACGUUCAUCCGCGUUUUUGUAGAAAUUUACAUUUUUACUAAGCAAACGAGGAUUUACUUCGUCGUUGGGCAAAGAUGGCAGAUACUGCUAGUACAGGAUCAUCCACUAAUUCCCCACAAAUGGAAAAAGGUUGGAACAAUUUAAGACAACAUGUUAUCGACAAUAAAAUUAAAGUAGGAUUAUGGGUUACAAGACUUUUCACAAUUCUGUUUACUAUCGGUUACAUUAUUCCUCUAUUUGGCAAUCCUUAUAAUAUUUAUUACAAAGCUCUUAUGAGCAACGCAGCCACAAGUGCAUUGCGUCUUCACCAAAGAGUGCCACUUGUUCAAUUAAAUAGACAGUUUUUGGAACAGUUAUUUUUAGAAGAUUCCUUCCAUUAUUUAUUUUAUUCUUUAAUAUUCCUCUAUGCAGCUCCGGUUACAUUGGUGUUAACACCUAUAUUUUUAUUUGCUUUAACGCACUUUGCUAGUUACUUUCUCAUACUCCUCGAUUGUUUAGGACAAAAUAGCUGGUGGGGAGCCCGUCUAUUCAUAUCUCUAGUCGAGUUUCAAUCUAGGAACAUUUUACGUCUUUGUGCGUUGUCUGAGAUAAUUAACUUGCCAUUUACAGUGCUCCUAGUAUUUACAGAUCGAGCUAGCUUAUUAACACCAUUUAUUUACUACCAGUUCUUGAAACUGCGUCUCGCAUCGCGAAGAAAUCCAUUCACCCGCAAUGUAUUUUACGAACUUAGAAAUGGGCUAAGUUCAAUCUCCGCGAAACCAUCCGUACCAGAGAUUGUUCGGCGGAUGAUAGCAGGUCUAUUGUCGUUGACGCAACAAAUGGUUCCAGUUCGUCAAUAAUUUUCAACUUUUAAGACGUAAAUUCUUAAAGAUUUCCUAGGGUUCUAGGGUCCAUGUAAUAACAAAUUGAGGAUAAAAAGAGUGCAAAUAUCAAAAGCAACAGGGAGCCUAUGAUUUAUUGUUUGAGAAUUGAAUGAAAUUAAUCAAGCUAUGAUCUUCUGAAAUCUGAAUCGUUAUUUUAAAUUACUUCCGAAUACCAAACAUGAUAACAUCAAUUUUCAUACGAAUUAUGUAACAAAAUUUUUGAUAUUUUGUAAUGUGUACUAUUGAUAAUGAAUUAAGAUUUACCACGUAAUUCGUAAUUAUUGUAAAUAAUAGUAUAACAAUCCUGUUAUAGCAAGUAUCACUAGAUUUCAUUCAAAUAUUUUGCAUGCAUAGAAUUUUAUUGAUUGUAACAUUCCGGCACACCUAUUGGAAUGGUGUUUAUGUUAAGAAGGUAUAUUCACAUUAUAUACACAUGGGAAAAUAUGGAAA